AUGGGCCCUGUAUUCUUUAUCCCCCAAACGCCGAACACGACUUACUGGGCUCUGUCGAUGCCGGGUAUUGCCCUUGUGACCUUCGGCCCAGACCUGACAUUCGCGGCCGCGUCGAUCUUUAUCACGUCCAAUGUGCCCCGCUCCUUCCAGGGUUCAGCCGGGAGCCUACUCGUGAUGAAUCAAAAUCUGUCCGCCGCCAUUGUGACGGCCAUUGAAGACACAGUCGGGAAAGAAUUCACCAAAACGGGUGGCGACGGGUAUAGUCUGGACUUGGACGCUUUACGGGCGAUUUGGUGGUUUAAUUUUGCGAUUUCGCUUGCGGCGGCGGCGGUUUGUGUUGGGUUUGUUCGCAUCCCCAGGAGCGAGAAGAAGGAUCACGUGGAGUGA